GAAGCCGUGACAGAGCCAGCGAACAGUAUAGUACAGCAGUAGAGAGCAGCGUCGCAGGAGAAUAGAGUGCUGCAGACAUACUCCACCACACGGCCAUACAAGCACAGAAGCCCAGCACGAUAUAGCACGACAGCCGCACGCCAUAUCUGCAGCAGAGCGAAAGGAGCGAUAUAUACCCGGGCAGCCUCCUUUGAGCGGACUUGAGUACUUCAGCAUUAUCAGCCCACCACUCUGGCUAUCUCAGUCAUAAACCAUGUGCCGUCUGCUCGUCUACAAGGGCACGGAGUCCAUACAGAUAUCCCAUCUCGUCACCCGUCCCAGACAUAGUAUCAUCAACCAGGCUUUCGAGUCCAAGCUGCGUAUGCCCAGCAGUCGUCCGCUCAACGCGGAUGGCUUCGGUAUAGGCUGGUACGAUCCUCUCCCCGCAAUCCCUGCUUCCGCCGCACCUCGCCCCGCUACUUCUCCUGUACCUUCUUCAACACCGUGUACCUGUCCCAACGUUGUCACUGCUCAAGCUUCGCACUCACAAGCGUACGAUGUCCAGGGAAACUAUCCGGUAGAUGCCGACGGACAGAUGGAUGAGAACACUUUGGAAGUGAUGAAAGAGCGAGAGGUUGAGAGAGAGCUGGAGAAUGAGAGGCCAUGCUUGUUCAAGUCUAUAUCGCCGGCAUGGAGUAAUGCCAAUCUCACCCGUCUGGCUGAAAAGAUUCGCUCUUCCCUUGUAUUUGCUCACGUCCGAGCCUCCACCAUGUCUGGUGCUCCAAGCGAAGACAAUUGCCAUCCAUGGAUGUUUGAUAAACUAAUGUGGAUGCACAAUGGCGAGAUCAACGAUUUCCCCAAAAUCAAGCGGGCGUUGCAACAAAGUCUACCUGAAGAGCUGUUCUUGUACCCUUCGGGAUAUACCGACUCCGAAUGGGCGUUCAUGGUGUUCCUCUCCAAACUGAAAAACCCCCACGCUCGAUCAUUCACCCAUGUCGAAUUACGGGACGCCAUGAUGGAGACCAUUCAUUGCAUCAACAAGUUAUGCAAGGAAGCUGGUUGUACCGGCCCAUCAUUGAUGAAUUUUGUCGUCACUGAUGGCUCUACCGUUGUCGCGACGCGCUAUAUCUCGUCCCGAACGUCCGAAGCCUCUUCCCUAUUCUUCUCCUCUGGCACGUCCUUUGACGAGUAUCAAGGUUCUGGAAGGGGCCUCUAUAGGAUGACAAAGGCGGACAAGCGGGAGAACAUCAUUAUGAUCGCGAGUGAGCCAUUGACGUUCGAAAGGAGCGAUUGGAUGGAGGUGAAGACCAACACCAUGAUGGUCAUUACUCCAAAAAUGAAUCUGCUUCAGAUCCCCAUUAUUGAUGAGUACUGGGUCCCUCCUCAAGACCCAGCGAGUCUCACUCGUUCGCGCGAUUUCGCUAUAAAGCGCGGUUAUGGUCUCGGUUUCGCAUCCGAGGAAGCGGCCAAGCACGAAAUUGCGGCUGCCACAUGAGGAGCUGGCUUUUCUUCAAUCUCGAGUACCCAUUCAUCAACAUCUUGUACAUUAUCAUAUUAGCAUGCUCAUACAACCAAUCGCAGGCUGCAUUGCGGCCCAUUAAACUUUGCAUAUAUUCAUACCAUGCACAAUGAUGAACCGCC